AUGCAAACAAUUUUUGUUCUUGAAGUUCCUGAAUUAUCUUCUUUCUGCCUUGUCCUGUUGUAUGUUCUAAGUUAUUCUGGCCUUUCAUUUGUUGUUUUUUUAAUAAGGAUCAUCUUUCUGUUUACAGAGUCAUGUUUACAUAAAACACCAAAGAGAUCGUUGAGUAGGAAAUCCCGUAUACGUACUUUCAGCUCUCCUGUUAAUGACACCGAUAUACAGCACGAAAUCUUUUGGGAUCCUCAUUCACCAAUUGCACACAGACUAGGAAAUGGAAAAACCAAACAGUCUACCAGUAGAUGCGCAGUAGAAAUUUCAGAAAUUGUUAAUCGUAUUGCUCCUCAGGAUGAAAAAGCAGCCUGUAAUGAAGGCUCCCUUUUAGGGACAUGGAUUGGUGAGGAUGCUAUUCCCUGUACCCCUGGAGUAGUAAAAGUGCGAGCUAGGACGAAGUUAAGUUGUACAAGAGAUCUUAAAAUAAAAAAUCCUGAAGAGGAGCUCAUGAAAUUGGCUAAGGAAUUUGAUAAAAAUUUAGUAGAGCUAGAUGCUGUUCAGGAACAAGAGAAGCUUGGUCAUGACUUCAUCCAGAUUGCCUCAGAGUCUUUAAAUAAUUCUAAAGAGGAAGUAAAUAUGAAGAACCUGAAAUCACUUCUUGGUGAAGUUUCUGAAACAGAUACUGCUCUGUCCCUGAAACCAGUUGGACAGAGCACUGGCAUCCCUGCUGCAGAGCCCUGUCAAUCUAGCAGUCAAAAGUCUAUAGACCUUGAGGCUGAACUAGCCCUUCGUGCUCUUUUUGACUGCUCUACCCAGAAGUGUAGCGGACAGUUGAGCCAAGGAUUAUUAGGUAUUUCUUUAAAUAAUAAUUUCCAUGAAAAUAAAAGCACUUUGGAAGAGGAACACCUUCCUGAGGAAAUUAAAGACAUGCAACAUGGUAAUUCAGAGGCAUAUCAAAAAGAUACUCCAUGCGCACCAGGAAGUGUGAACCAGGCUUUUCUAAAACCUGAUACUCACAUGGUGACAAAAAAUAAUCCUUGUUCUUUGAAGACACAAUUGGUUGUCUCCAGUAAAGUUGCUGGAGUAGUUAAUGAUGAUUUUGAUGACUGGGAUACAGAUUUUUUGGCAGAUGACUCUUUUGUGAUGCAAAUAACCCAAAAUCCUGAAUUGCUAAGUACUGAAGAAGCACCACCUAUUCCUACAAAUCCAUCUGUGCAUGGUUUCAGUGAUGCUAACAGAACAAAGGAAAGAAGUAGUUGCAAUUCAGUAACUUCUUUGGGCAGUGUAAGCAAACCUAACAGUUUACAGUUUUCACCUUUGAAACAUUCUAGUAACAACGCACAAAAUGUUGCAAAAUCUCUUCCUUUGCAAAAGCCAUAUAAUAAGCCAGAAAGCUCAAAGACAGAGACCAUAGCCUUUCGUGCGAAAUGUGACAUUAAGCCAGAUAAAAUAAAUUCUAUUUGGAAAAGUGCCCAAAACAGUGAUUUGAACUAUAUUCCUAUUUCAAUGCAACCUGAAGUGAAGAAUGGAAAUGAAACUAUUCAGCCUAAAAGUGACAGUCUUCCUCUUUUUCCUUCAAGAUCUAAUCCUCAUAGACAAUGGACUGAAAAACCUGGGAAUAACACACACAAUAUUUUCUGUCAAUCAUCCAGUGUUUCUACCAAUACGAAAGCUAAUGAUCUAACUAAAGCGGUUAACCAAGCUAAUACAAGUCACUUAAAUCAAGUUGAAAUACCAAAGAAAUGUCCUCUGUCGUUUGAUGACUGGAAUGAACCGAAAUUCUCUGAUGAGAUACUAGAUAUGUUUUGUGAAUCCGAUAGUCUUUGGGAUGCAAACUGUGAGGAUGAUGAAUUGUUGUAUCAGGUGUGUGAUAAUAUAGAAAAGCAGACUCAGAGCCAGGAUGUUAAACAAGGAAAUGAAAGAGCUAAAACUAUACAAGGAGCCAGUAUUAAUUCCAGAUCAAGUGCUGAUAACAGCUUCCCUGCAUCUAAACAAGGACUACCUGAUCUCCUUUUGGCACAAAAACCAAACACAAAACAGGACACUUUCUCGCUAAAUGAUUCCUGUAGGAAUUCGUCAAAGGUUACACGUGGACUGGCCACAAUGGGUCACGUAGUGAACUGUAAAAACGUCUCAAGUCCUCUAACUGUGAUCGCAGGUACUUCUGUGGAGUGUAAAUACACAUUGUCUAAAAACUCUCAUCAAGCUGCUUCUGAAGAUACUGCAAAGACUCUUUCAGGAAAAUGGUACAGGUCAAAUUCUGUGCAAGCAAGAGAGACUGGUUCUGAAAUAAGUCCUGUUAAUGCAGUAAACAUUUCUAGCAGCAAAACAAUAGAAAGCCGAGACUAUUUGUAUAAUACGGGAAAGAUACCAAAUAACAGUUCUGCUAACAAAACAUCGCUUAUGCCUUCAAAGUUUAAGUUCCGAAAGACUAACAAUUCUCAGGGUGCUCUUCAUGUAGGGUCUGAAAAUCCAGGGAGCCAUUCUGGCAUUGGAAUUACUCUGCAGGGUUUGGAAGGAAGCAAGAAUCAGGUGAAUGUGACUUUGCACAGCAAGCUUGACAAUAAGAAACCACCUUUCAAGAGGCACCUUUCAGAGUCUUUUGCACUGCCUACAUCAGUGUCUGUGGUGGAACAAAAAAAUAGAAAAUGUUCUCAAGAAGAGAUUGAAAGAAAAAAACAAGAAGCUCUUGCACGAAGAAAAUCCAGAAUGCAGGCAUUCUUUAAAGAUGCUUGAAUUUGGAGUUUAUUUUGUCUAUGGAGUAAGUUUUUGGGAGGGAAAUACUGUAAUGCUGGAAGACACUCUUUAAAAUCUGUUCACAGCUACUGACAGCAAGCUUUUUCUGUUCCUCAAUUUAAAAAAAUCUUGACCUGAACCAUAACUAAUACUCUGGUGGUAUUUAGUCUUAACUACCAGUUGUAAAUGUGUAGUCCCAAACUAUCUUUAGCACAAUGAAGAUUGUAUUGAGUUCACAUACUGUUAUGUGUUGAAAUUGUAUAGUCUGAAAAUCAUCAGAGCAUGAAAGCUUUUGUAUACACAUGUGAGUAGAAGAUGUCAAAAACUGACUGUAUAUGUUUUGGCUGUAUUUCUCUUAUUGCAAGUAUUUUAAUUUAUAAGAAGACUCUCAAGUACACACAGACUAAGAAAUACUAAUGUUUGCUCUCAGGUAGAAGAAAGUUUUUAAGUUUUGGUUUAAAGAAAGUACAAUCUAGAAAACAUCCAACAUCAGAAAACUAAUGGAAAUGAACAGGAUUUGGAAAGCAUGCUCCAUGACCUUAGGUAAGAAUUGUACAUAGUGAAGGAAGAACUUAAUAUAAAUUAAGUUUUGUAAGGUGAAAAAGCAUUCUGGAAAGGAUAUUUUAUCUUUUGUUUUGUUUUGUUUUUCUAAUUCCCUUCAUGAAGAGUUGGAAAUACCCUAGCUAACAAAAUUGGACCACCUUUUUCUAAACAUGCAUUACUGAGCUAAUUAAUAAAGCUAGCCUGUGUCAUUUUGCCAAACCGUGAGCCAUAUAAAAUAUCACGUGAAAUCUCUACAACUAUGAAUCAGUUUAGCCUUAUGGGUUGUACAUAUUUUUCAAACUAAAGGCUGUUGAAACAUAAAAAUGCAAUGUCAUGUCAGCUUAACAGGGGCUGAUAGAAUUUUUGAUGUGAUAGAUGGGUGCAGAGCUCAAACUGCAAAAAGU